AUGUCCCUGUAUGACGACCUGGGAGUGGAGACCAGUGACUAGAAAACAGAAGGCUGGUCCAAAAACUUCACACUUCUGCUCCAGCUUCAGGUGAAGAGGGCAGCUCUCACUCAGGCAAAGAGCCAGAGGACAAAACAAAGUACAGUCCUCGCCCCAGUCAUCGACCUAAAGCGAGGUGGCUCUUCAGACGACCGGCAGAUCGUGGACACCCCGCCGCACGUAGCCGCCGGCCUGAAGGAUCCUGUUCCCAGUGGAUUUUCUGCAGGAGAAGUUCUGAUUCCUUUAGCUGAUGAAUAUGAUCCUAUGUUUCCUAAUGAUUAUGAGAAAGUAGUGAAGCGCCAAAGAGAAGAACGACAGAGACAGCGGGAGCUGGAAAGACAAAAAGAAAUAGAAGAGAGAGAAAAGAGGCGUAAAGACAGACAUGAAGCUAGUGGGUUUUCAAGGCGAACAGAUCCAGAUUCUGAUGAAGAUGAAGAUUAUGAGCGAGAGAGGAGGAAAAGAAGUAUGGGCGGAGCUGCCAUCACACCACCCACUUCUCUUGUAGAGAAAGACAAAGAGUUACCCCGAGAUUUUCCAUAUGAAGAGGAUUCAAGACCUCGCUCACAGUCUUCCAAAGCUGCUAUCCCUCCCCCGGUGUACGAGGAGCAAGACAAACCCCGAUCUCCGACUGGACCUGGCAACUCCUUCCUUGCCAACAUGGGUGGCACAGUAGCACAUAAAAUCAUGCAGAAGUAUGGCUUCCGGGAAGGCCAGGGUCUUGGGAAGCACGAGCAAGGGCUGAGCACAGUGUUGUUGGUGGAGAAGACAAGCAAGCGAGGCGGCAAGAUCAUUGUGGGCGACGCCACGGAGAAAGAUGCAGCCAAGAAGUCGGAUUCAAAUCCACUGACUGAAAUACUGAAGUGUCCUACUAAAGUGGUCCUACUAAGGAACAUGGUUGGUGCAGGAGAGGUAGAUGAAGACUUGGAAGUUGAAACCAAGGAAGAAUGUGAAAAAUAUGGCAAAGUUGGAAAAUGUGUGAUAUUUGAAAUUCUUGGUGCCCCUGAUGAUGAAGCAGUACGAAUAUUUUUAGAAUUUGAAAGAGUUGAAUCAGCAAUUAAAGCUGUUGUUGAUCUGAACGGGAGGUAUUUUGGUGGACGGGUGGUAAAAGCAUGUUUCUACAAUUUGGAUAAAUUCAGGGUCUUGGAUUUGGCGGAACAAGUUUGAUUUUAAGAACUAGAGCACAAGUCAUCUCCAGUGACCCCUAAGUGAGCUGCAAGCUGAGCA